UUCUCGACUCUUUACCUUUUUUUUUUUUUUUUUUUGACCUAAACCUCCGUCUCAAAAUUUCCUUUUUUCUUCGCUCUCUCUCCGAUCGAGUUGCAAAGCGUUCUUGCCCUAAUCGAAGAUAUCUCCAGAUUCUACUCAGGUUUGCUUCUAUUUCGACUACGCUUUCUCCGCGAUUAUGAUGAUGUCUUCUGCGUGCUUUCACUUUGGGUUGGGUUUCUCCGUCUUCUCGAUCCUCCUUUUCGCAUCGACACCCAGAAAUUUAGGGUUUCCACCGUUAUGGAUGAGGGAAAGCUAGGGUUCGGAUGAUGGAUCCGAGUUUUUCUUCUUAUUGUACAUUCGUCGGAAGCUUCUUGGGGAUUUUUCGUUGUUGUAUAUUAGGGUUUUGAUACUUCGAAAUCAUCGAAGCCUGUCGAUUUUGUUCGUGAUGAUUUUCCUACUGCUACUGGAAACUCGGAUGAUCGAUCGUUCUUCGACUAUGGCUUGUUUGGAAUUGUGGAGAUCUUUCGUUUUUAGUGGUAUUUAGGUUUAGAGUUCUAAAUGGUGAUUGAAAUUAGAGAUUUAGUUGGGUUUUUUUUCUGUGGACGUGGUGCUCUAUGAUACCUGGAUUGAAUUUGGGGUUACAGUCAGAGGAUUGGUGCUUUUGAUUCUCUUCUUACUUCCAACGAGUGGGGAAUCUAAAGACUCCUUGCUUCUGGACUUGUUACCCUUCUGAAAUUUUAUGUAUGGAUCAUCAUGGAUGAAGCAACAGUGCUCGACUCUCUGGUUCAGUCUUCUAAAGUUGGUAUUUUCUCAAUGUUUAGUAUGAAUUACGUGGCGCCUAGGAGAUACUCACAGGGAAGGAAUUUUGGAGUCAAGCGACAGCAGGAUUUCGCAGCGGAUGUAGUUUCCAGAAGACCUUACGCCCCUUAUGACAGUGCAAUGAGGAAAAGUCCAAAUAAGUUGUCAAGGAAUCUGGUUUGGACCUCAAAAGAGUACAAACCUCCAGAGGUCAACAGGCCAAGGAAGUAUGAAGCCAAUGGGUCAACAAAACCACCAAUUUUAGGCAAAGGAUGUUCUUCUGUGCCAAAUCAGCCGAGAAAGAAUGCUGCGUAUGGGCCAAGAAGCUCACCUAUUUCAGACACCAGAGGUCCGGUGUCGAGAGCUAACAGCAGUCCUAAAAAGAGUGUAUGCAAGUAUUGGAAAGCUGGAAACUGCAAGAGGGGUGAGCAGUGCCAGUUCUUACACUCUUGGUCUUGUUUCCCUGGUUUGGCCAUGGUAGCUGCUCUUGAAGGACACAGGAAGGAUAUAAAGGGGAUCACCCUCCCUCAGGGUUCAGAUAAACUAUUUUCAGUCAGUGGCGAUGGUACAUUGCGAAUUUGGGACUGCCAUACUGGUCAGUGUGUACAUACCAUCAACCUCCAGGCAGCAGCAGGAUCUCUAAUCAGUGAAGGCCCAUGGGUUUUUCUUGGCUUGCAAAACGCUGUAAAGGCUUUUAAUGUUCAAACCAGUAAAGAUUUACAUCUUGACGGGGUGGUUGGUCAAGUGCAUGCAAUGACUGUUGCAAAUGGAAUGCUUUUUGCUGGAACAAGUUCUGGCAGUAUAUCAGUCUGGAAAGCUACGGACUCUGAGUCUGAUCCUUUCAAAUACCUCACAUCUCUCGAGGGUCAUCACAGUGGUGAAGUCACUUGUUUUGUUGUUGGAGGUCAACUACUAUACUCUGGUUCUGUCGAUAAAACAAUAAAGGUGUGGGAUCUCAACACCCUGCAAUGUAUAAUGACCCUGAAACAACAUACCGACACUGUCACGUCACUCUUAUAUUGGGACAAGUGUCUGAUAUCGUCUUCCUUGGAUGGGACCAUUAAAGUUUGGGCUUGUUCUGAAAAUGAUGUUUUGAAAGUUACUCAUACACGCAGACAAGAACAGAGUGUUGUUCAUGCUCUUUGUGGGAUGCACGAUGCAGAGGCCAAACCGAUCAUAUUCUGCUCAUACCAAAAUGGAACAGUUGGCAUCUACGACCUGCCAUCUUUUGAAGAAAGAGGAAAGAUGUUCGCUACGGACACGAUCAGCACACUCACAGUUGGUCCUGGAGGAUUGCUAUUCAGUGGAGACAAGGGAGGGAAUUUGCGUGUAUGGAGUUUAGCUGCUGGCCCAAAAGUUUAGUCAUUUUUGACAAAUGAAUUAUGAUUUAAUUUGUACAUAGAUUGGUGGUUGAUUGAUAAGAGUUAAAAAGAGAGUUCUCGUUUGUAAUGACUCAAAAUUAAAUUCACUAAAUUUAAUUUCAAAAUCCUUGCUUUAAUGUAAUAUCUUCAAAUUCAUACC